UCUAGCGUCGUCUCUCUAAUUCUACUCCCCUACUACUCUACUCCCUACUCUCUGUUUCUCUAUCUCUCUCUCUCUUUUAACAUCACAAUUGAGAUUUGAGAGAAAAUAGCGUAGCAGUGGAGAAAAUGAAGGACGAAGAAGCACAGACCACAACAACGAAGACCACUUGGAAGAAGGUGUACACAGUUCAGUCUCAAAUGGGGAAGCAUCGCUACAAAUUGUGGGCCUUAGCCGCCAUUCUGUUGCUUGCUUUCUGGUCCAUGCUCACCGGCUCUGUCACUCUCAAAUGGUCCUCCUCCGGCAACCUCAACCCUCUCUCCAACGACUUCGACUCCCCAAUCCCCGACGAUCUCGACACCCUGGAAUUGGAGGAGAGAGAGAAGCUGGUGAGACACAUGUGGGAUGUGUAUACGCACAGUAGUAGCAUUCGAUUGCCUAGGUUUUGGCUCGAGGCUUUUCAGGUUGCCUACGAGGACUUGACCACUGAUGUCCCCUCUGUCCGAAACGCCGCCUUUUCUGAGAUUGCCAAGAUGAGCUUCAGCUCCGCCGCCAUCACUGUCCAAUCGCCUCCACUUCAAUCAAAAAUCAAUGAAAACCAGAAAAAGAAGAAACAUGUCCAAGCAAGUUGAGGAAGACUGGAGGAGGAUGGUGACUAAAGAUGGGAGACUAGGAGGGCAAUAGCAAACACGAAAGAGUGCCAGAAAUUAAGUGCACAUAUUUUCUCUGUAUUAAUUAAUAUUUACUCAUUUCAUCUGUUUCUUUGUAUGAUCAGCAAUAACUUGUGUAAAUUCACAUCAGUUCUUUAAAUUAAAAAAAAAUGAACUUCUAAGCAAAUAUAUAUAUAUAUUGCUAAGUAAUCCCAA